UGCUUCCUCUGUCAGAACUCUCUAUUAUUUAGUUCCACAAAUGACAUGCUCUGUUCUUACAUCAUUAUUCAAAGAACACACAUGUAGCAGCAGAAGGAACAAUAGCAUCAAAACAUGAUGUUUAGAAGAUCCUCUUCUCUUCAGCUUUCACCACCACCACCAUCACGUUGUGUUUACUGGUCAUCGGUUAGAUCAGUCCUUCCCAACAGGAGUCAAAGUUGUGUUCUUUAUUUCUUGGAAGUCUGGUCACCAGCUGCAUCAAUAGUUGUGCGUGUCAGGUUCCGCACAACCAUGCAAUUAAUAUACGAGGGGAAACGCCAAUUGAUCUCCACCAGAACGCUCCGCCUCGGCGCACCGAGGACUGGCGGGUCUUGUUGCACCACCGUGGACGCACGUGAGAUGUGCGGUGGUCGCAGCUGCCGGGUACCAACCAUGGGUGGUGCGUGGGAGACGAGGCGUUAAAGGAGGGGAGAAGAAGCAAGUGCUUCGGGAACAGUAAAAAGGUCUGCUUGGGAGGGGAAAAGCGAAGCAGAGUGUGAGAGAGAUAAGAGACAUCAGCUGCUUCGACCCCACAGCUGGGACGAGGAAGAUGACAGUGACUGCUAUAUCAAUGCAUUCUAUAUCAUAAUAUCAUUACGUCGUUUAGCAGUAGUAGUACCACACAGGGAGGCGAGAGGGUGAGGGAGGGGGUGACACAUUCGCAUCUUUUAUGGUCAAUCGCUGCGUGGGUUCACGGAGCGAGAUAGAGCGAGAGAGUACUUUUUAGACUACUCACCUGCCUUGCUUCCCAUUUUUCACAGUCCAACGGAUAGAUACAUCACGUCAGAGGCACGGAGAAUAGACUAGAGAAAGAGAGAGAGAGAGAGAGAGUGUGUGUGUGUCUGUGCGUGUUUGGGGUUCUUGAGGAUCAGGAAGGGUGAAAAGAGGAUUUACGUUGCGGCCAAAAUGGCGGCGAGGGUGGAAGAAUCAAGACGAAGAGGAACUGAACUGUGGAAAUAGCAGUUGCUCUGGAGAGCGAGCGAGAAGGGGAGCAAGGAGGAGGAUGGCGGCACGCGUUAGCGCGAGGCACGUGAUGGUGUGGCUACUGGUGGCGGUGGCGGCGGCGGCGACCUGCUUCUCGUGCGCCGGUGCCGGGAGCGUGCGGCGGGCACCGGCGACGAGGCAGAGGUUGGAGGUGCAGCGGCACCUCAAGAGGCUCAACAAGCAGGCUGUCAAGAGCAUAAAGAGCCCGGAUGGAGAUAUCAUAGACUGUGUGCACAUCUCCCACCAGCCAGCCUUUGAUCACCCUUUCCUCAAGAACCACACUAUCCAGAUGAGGCCAGCUUUCCACCCAGAAGGCCUACUGUUUGAUGAGAGCAAGGUUGCAUCACAGAAGAAGACGCCUUCAAUGGCUCAGCUCUGGCAUCAAAAUGGGAGGUGCCCUGAGGGCACCAUCCCCAUCAGGAGGACAAAGAGGGAUGAUGUGCUGAGGGCCAGCUCUGUCAAAAGGUAUGGUAAGAAGAAGCACAGGAGCAUCCCAAACCCAUUGUCCAUUGAUCCUGACCUUCUCAAUGAGAGUGGCCAUCAGCAUGCAAUUGCUUAUGUAGAGGGGGAUACAUAUUAUGGAGCCAAGGCCACCAUAAAUGUGUGGGAGCCAAGGAUUCAGCAGUCUAAUGAGUUCAGUCUGUCUCAGCUCUGGAUUCUGGGGGGCUCCUUUGGGGAGGACCUCAACAGCAUUGAAGCUGGUUGGCAGGUCAGCCCAGAUCUGUAUGGGGAUAACAACACAAGACUCUUUACUUACUGGACUAGUGACUCCUAUCAAGCAACAGGCUGCUACAACCUACUCUGCUCUGGAUUCAUUCAAAUCAACAGUGAGAUUGCAAUGGGUGCGGCAAUCUAUCCACUCUCUCGAUAUGGUGGUUCCCAAUAUGAUAUCAGUAUACUUGUUUGGAAGGAUCCAAAGGAAGGGCAUUGGUGGAUGCAGUUUGGGAAUGACUAUGUGCUAGGUUACUGGCCUUCUUUCCUUUUCUCUUACUUGGCGGACAGUGCUUCCAUGGUGGAAUGGGGAGGGGAAGUUGUGAACUCAGAACCAGAUGGUGAGCACACCUCGACCGCGAUGGGCAGUGGCCAUUUCCCUGAAGAAGGAUUCGGCAGAUCAAGCUACUUCAGAAACAUACAGAUAGUUGAUGAAUCCAACAAUUUGAAGGCACCUAGAGGAGUUGGCACCUUCACUGAGCAAUCCAACUGCUAUGAUGUGCAGACAGGCAAUAGUAAUCACUGGGGGCACUUCUUCUACUAUGGCGGUCCUGGUAGAAGCUCUAAUUGUCCAUAGAAACUUAAACUCCUCACUUCUUUGUAUACUUUGGCAUCAUAUAAUCAUCCUUUUUAACUGGUAGGGCUCUCUUAAUGAGUGGUUUUAGUUCCCUGUGUCACUUUGACCAUAUAAUCUCUCCAUAGAAGAGCGUGGAGGGAUAAAGCUGAAGCUUCUGUAAGAGAAACAAGCUUGUGGUUGUCUUGUUCCAGCCAUUUUGUGUCUUUGUAACUUUGGAGUCCUUUGUUCUGUUUUAUCAUGACAGUGAAUGAGAUUUUGUGUCUGCUUGGUUAAAGCA